AUGAAUCCAUUGUGUUUACAGUUGGAAACAACUAGUUCCGAAUCAGAAAAUGUGAAACAGCCAUGCUUGGCAGCACUCGGUUACCACUUUGAUAAUCAAGGUGUUAUGAGAGAUAAGGAUAAGAAAAGAUAUGAAUUCGUUGAUCAAGAAAGUUAUGAAAAGAUCGGUUUAGCCGUCACUGAAGAGAUUUAUCGAAUAAUGGAAAAUCCGCCUUAUAAUAUGGAAAGGCACUAUCUGGACGAUACAAACAAGAAAAGAAGCGCAUUCAUAUUUCUCAGCAAAGAUUGGUAUGAGAAAGAAAAUCUUGUUGUACUUAUACAUGGCAGUGGUUCUGUUCGUGCAGGACAGUGGAGUAGAAAACUUAUAAUGAAUGAAAAUUUAAAUAUGGGCUCACAGUUGCCAUAUUUGCGAAUGUGUAAAAGGCGGAAUUGGGGAGUGGUUGUGAUGAACACUAAUAUGAACAUAACUAACAACGAUCCUAUUGAAUUACUGCCAGAAAGUAGGACGCCCCUAGAACAUGGUAUUACUGUGUGGAAAACAUAUGUCGCAAGGGCGAAAGCAAGUUCAAUUGCAGUGGUUGCACAUAGUGCAGGUGGCAUUGUUGUCGCUGGCAUUAUAGAAAAUUACUGGUCAGAGGAAUGGAUGAAGAGACUUAAAUGUGUAUGUCUUACGGAUGCUGUGUUUACGUUACCGUCUGUAAGUGCUAUGGAUUGGUUACCAGCAAUACAAGACUGGCGAGCAACUCCGCAGACUGAAAUUGGGCUUCAAAUAGACAACAAUACGAUACAUGGAAAGCAUCCUUAUGUAACUUAUGUUAGUGCGGGAACUAAUCAACAUGAAGAAACUUCGGCCGUAGCAAUUGAAGACAUCUUCCGAUUUAUUGAUAAUGUUUUCAACAUGUUAAAACCAGAUGAACUCGUCACAGAGUGGAUGCAGGCAGAGGGACUCCAUUCUUACUUAGAAAUAGGUGAUUUAAUUGAAUUUCAACGAGCCGUUGGUAAUAUAAAACGACGCAUAUACACGCACUGGGGAGUAUUCAUCGGUUUUCACGAUAAGAAAGCAUACAUUGCCCAUACAGGGACAGAUUUCGGUGAUUUUGGUGACAACCUUAUUAGCAGUUCUGUUGAAUCCCUGGCAACUAUUAGAACAAAGAUGUCUUAUAGUAGUCAAAUACAGAUUCGUCGUGACGAGUUAAUAACUGUUGCUAACGGUGAUAGCUGUCGGAUAAAUAAUUCACUUGAUAAGGAGAAAAAGCCCUUUCCACCGGCUGUUGUAGUUGAUCGAGCUCUACUUAUGCUUGGGAAGACUAACUAUAAUCUUCUGCUAAAUAACUGCGAGCAUUUUGCAAAGUACUGCAGAUAUGGUCUGAAGGAAAGCAAGCAGGCAACAGUUGCAAAAAUCAUAAUUGUAAUCUCGGCAACAUAUUGCAUGACAGGCUCGCUAGCAGUUUCAGCAGUUGCGGGCACUCUCACUUACACUUUCAGUCGUUUGGGACGUGGCAUUAAACACUUCGUCCCAUUCUAUCCGAAUGUGUUGCUGUAA